AUGCCAGAUGGCGAGGAGCCCCAGGCGCAAACGGCGGCAAUGGAGGAUGGCGGAGCGGACGCCCUGAGGGAGCGCGGCAACGCAGCUUGCGGAGAAUGGGCUGCCGCCUGCCAGCUGUACGAGGCGGCGGCCGCCGCCGCGCCGCGCGACGCGCGCGCGUGGUCAAACCUGGCCCAGGCGCGCCUGCAGCGGCUGCCGCCGGCGUCUCGCAACGCCCCAGUGCCCGGCGCACGCGCCAUGGCCGCGGCCGCGGCGGAGGCGGCCGGAAAGACGGCUGACCUGGACCCUGGCAAUGCAAAGCACAGGUUCCGCCUGGCGGCGGCGCUGCGCACGCUCGGAGACUACAGGGCGGCGGCGCGCCUGCUGGAGCCGCUGGCUGCAGGGCCUUCGGCCGGCCAUGAGGUGCGGUCUGCGCUGGCAGCGGUGCGAGAGCUGGCCGCCGAGUCGGAGGACGGCGCCUUUUCGUCUUCCAAGCUCUACGUUGCGGCAGCGCCGCAGGAGUUUGGUGAAUAUGUGCACCCGGCCCUUGCGGUCACCGACGUCCCAGGCUGCGGCCGCGGGCUGGUCGUGGGGCGCGCAGUGGCGCCAGGAGCGCUGCUGGCGGCCUGCAAGCCGAUUGGAGUGGCACGCAGCUCGGCAGGAGGCUUUCGAAUCGAUCAUGCCAGCGGCUCCUUGAACGACCAGUCCCAGGCUGAUCUGGGUGACCUGCUGCUGCAGCGCUGCGAGGCAGACCCCGCCGCGCUGCGCCGCCUGUACGUGCUCUCCGGCCUGCCGCGCCAGGGGGACCCUGCGCUUGCAAAACCCGCGCUCGCCGCGCCCGCCGACCUGCGCACCCUCCUUGAGGCUGCACACAGCAACGCGGACGCGGAGGUGCACUCGCCGCCGCCGCUCGACCCGCGCCGCGUGCGGGCGAUCGUGGCGGGCAACGCGUUUGGCUUUGAUGAGGCGGGGCCGACGGGCGGCGGCGGCCGCGAUCCGGCGGUCCCCGCGGCUGCGCAGCAGCCCGAGGCGAUGCGGCCUGGCGUCAGGUGA